AUGCGUGCGGAGCCAAAAAUAUCGAGUCCCCAAAACACCCUCAUUGAAUGUUUGGGAAAAAAGCAGGCCAUAGCACGCCGCCUGGAAGGUAUUGCGACAAAAACAGCCAACCUACAAAGCAGCUGUUUGAGUGAUGGAUUCCUAAAGCAGAACGGCAUCAAGGUAUCCUUACUUGACUUGGAAGGCAAGCCCAACAACAGUCACGAUAUGUUCUAUACGCCAUGCCCACAACACAAAUUGCCCAUCAUUCCAUGGGACGAAGUGGAUCUUCUGGACUUUAAAGAAGGCCAUCGCGCAGAAGCCUUUCGCGUCAAUCACACCCUCGACGAGAUCUCUGCACAACUCGACUCACCGUCGAACGUCUGGGUCGAACAGGAGUUCUACGACAAACCCGAGACCGACAUUGGGGUGGGCGAGUAUUACAACACUCCAUUUGAGUGGUAUAAAGUCACAGAAGCUGAAGCCGAGUCCCCCUCUAUACCUCAUUGCAUUGUUAGGAUAGUCCAGCAUACGGAUCCCGCGAAAUGUCUUUUCUUGAGAUAUGUCCGCUACGUCGAACAAACCAUUUUCCCACUCUUACUCAUUUCUGUCUUGCCAUCACAAGCCCGUGUCCUGCAGGUACAUUUCGAUGGGGAGUAUCUUCGCAUAGCGAAGAGCAAAUUAUAUGAUUUCAAGGAAAAUAACAAAGCCAAUUAUGAACUCUUCACGCGGUGGAUGUUUCCCACAGCAUGUGGCGAUGUCAAGGCCAUCCAGAUGAAAAGCGAGGAACCCAAUGACGCUGUCAAGGACCAGGUGGAACUCUAUUUAGCCAGGCGAACAGCAUCAGUGGCUUAAUUCUUGGCAUUUAUUGGGUUAUUCUGUCCAGUGCCGAAGUUUGAUGACUCUGCAAUCCAG